CUGAAAACAGGGACGUGUCACUUUCAGUUAUAGUCUGCUAGAUUUAAAGUAUGUAACAGAUGAACGAUAAUCUUUCGCAUGUGUUGUGAGAUAGAUUUUGCGUAUUUAGGUAGAACAAGCUUUACAAUGGGGAAAUACAAUACAUCAAACUUGUACUUCCCUCCGUAAAUGUACUGAUAAUUUAACGUUUCGUUCGAUGCCAGAAAAUUAAAUAGAAUUUCAGUGACUUUGUGAUUUUACAUGUUUUGAGUUUUGGAAAUUCUAGCGGUAAUGACAACUUGUGUUUACAUAACUUAUUGUAUCGCAAAUCACUGGCUUACAGUCAGACAACUCAAUGCAUUGUCUAUUCAAAUGUCCUGUCUCCAAUCAAUGGAUCCAUUCUCUCUCCAAAGGUGAACCAUGUCCCGCUCGGCCUGCCAGUGGACUUCUCUGCAUCCGUUUCUCUUCGGCAGUCUGGUGAUGUUGUGCUUUAUCGGCAUUUUUAUCACGUACAGGCCUGACAUCAAGUACCUAGAUUUUGGAAAAGACAGUCAGUUUUGUCCUGCGUUUCUGUGUGGAGAUAAAGCACAGAUCCAUCACCCAAACCCCAAAAGUGUUACAAAGCUGGACGCUGAGAAUGACACUAUUGUGCUGAUCUGGAUGUGGCCAUUUGGCUCCAGAUUUGAGCUCGACUGCAACAUUUUUGAUAUCAAAAGAUGCUACUUAACAGAUGACAAGACGCUUUACCAAAAAGCCCACGGGAUUAUCUUCCAUCACAGGGACAUAAAUGGAAAUUUAGAAAACUUGCCCAAAAUGCCACGUCCCAGUUUUCAGAAAUGGGUGUGGUUAAAUAUGGAGUCACCCGCAAACUCACCUCGAAAUCUUGGUCUUAAUCGAGUAUUCAACUUGACAUGCAACUAUCGCCGUGAUUCAAAUAUUCAAGUGCCUUAUGGGUAUCUGCUGCCAGUGACAUCUGAAGAUAAGAGUUUCAAAUUGCCGGCAAAGGACAAGUUGGUGUGUUGGAUUGUGAGCAACUGGGCCGGGCAGCAAAAGAGGGUCCAGUACUACAAUGAACUGAAGAAAUACGUCAAGAUUCAUACUUAUGGACAAGCCUUUGGUCAUCAUCUAAGCAACGAAGACUAUCCAAAAAUACUUUCUCAUUGUAAAUUCUACCUCUCCUUUGAAAACUCCAUCUUCGAAGACUACAUCACAGAGAAGUUCUACAAUCCUUUACUUUGGGGAAGUGUACCCGUAGUUCUGGGCCCUCCAACACAAAAUUAUGAGGACCAUGCCCCACCUGAUUCUUUCAUUCAUGUCGAUGACUUUUCUUCUCCACAGAAGUUGGCAGAGCGGCUACUUUACUUUGACCAAAAUAACGCUGAGUACAUGCGAUUCUUUAACUGGAGAAGCAUCUUUAAAGUUAAACAGUCUCAGUUCGGAAGAGAACAUGCCUGCAAAACGUGUAGAUACUUACAAAAUCACAAGGAGUACCAAGCUUUUGAUGAUCUGAUCAGCUGGUACUGGGGUUGAAAGUGAUUGCUCACAUCGAAACUCUACACUCUGUGUCUUUCACACUUCGUUGCUGAGAAGGUGUCAAGAUGCAGUUGGCUGAUAUAUUUGUGAGGUCUGCAGUGACAGGAAGCUUGGAUUGUGUGGUUGUGCAUGUAGUUUCAUGUAUAGUAAAGGUAGACAUUACAUUUUUUAAGGGGCCAAGGAGAAGAUUGUUGAGCAUUGUGACCUAUCACAAGUUUAACUGGAGAUCAUUUUCACAAAUGUUUGUUCUUUAUAUUAUUUAUAUUGCUUUUUGCAUGGCUGCUGCCAUCCCAAUACAAUGAGGUGGAUAGAAUUGAGUUACUGUAGUUCAUGGCAUUGAAACAUUACCUACUCGACAGCAUCUCAGAGAUGCAUAUCUGAAAAGCUGCCUCCAAGACACAACGAGAGGUAAGCGCUAAUAUACAGUAUGUAUUCUUAUUGUUUUGUUCAUGCGGUCUUUUUUUUUUAUGUGUUUAUCUCGUUUUGGUCCCAGACCAAAGAAAAGCGCUGAACCAACCCCAAUUGUGUUCUUCUUUUUUUGUAAUAUCCUUCUGUAUGCGCUUUUAUUAUGUGGUAAUAAUAUUUCAAUCAGGAGAGACUUGUUUUAUAAUUUAACAAUGAUUUAUUAUACAUGCAUCAAAUAUGAAA